AUGGUAGUGUCAUUUUCUAAUUCCAUUGCAAUCUUAGCCCAUCAGCAAAAAUGCGAAAAUCAGCCAGCAUAUAAAUUAUCGGUUAAGAUGCACUCUUCAGGAUGGAAGACAACUUGUUGGAACGUUUAAGGCUUUCGAUCGCCAUAUGAACCUCGUACUCUGUGACUGCGACGAAUUCCGCACAGUCAAAAAUCGCAACGCGAAACAGGCGCGUCAGGAGAAGCGUCCUCUUGGACUUGUUCUUCUUCGCGGAGAGCACAUAGUGAGUUUGCUUUGGCCUCCUUUUGAUGGUCGGUCUUAAUGGGUGGCUCCUGGUUAGUUGUCGACUUAUGCUGCCCUCGCCGGUCUGUUUUUAUGCACUUAUUCUUGAUGCUCCCAUGUCACCUGUCUCGGCAUUCUAUAUUUAUGCCCACACACCCACAAGACCUAAUCUCCGUGCUACCCAGGUAGCUAGCAGACUCCUCUUUGAGCAUCGCCGUUAGGGUAGAUCUGGAAGAAUUGUUUGCCUGUUCUGCCGGCAUUCCAAAAACUAUUGUACCCGGAUUUACUUUGCUCGCUUUGCAUCUGGUCUUCAUCAGUCCUACAUCUGAGCACCAGUCUCGCUUGGUGAGGUUAGCGCGUAGUCGACAAGCUUUGCAUCGAACUGGACACCUAUCUCCGCACACAUUUCUUUUUCAAACAAACGAGACUUCGGUUGUAACACGUUGACCAUAAGAGUCACGGACGCCAUUUUAUUUCCUGUGGUUUCGGAUUCCCACAUAAUAACCCUCGGCAGUCGACCGACGUUUCUAACUCGUCAAAUAUUUUUUGACGCAUUCUCAAGGCAACAAUUGCCGUCAUAACGACCUUCGUUAGCUAGCCAGUUCGUUCAUUUAAUUCUUUGUCAGUCCCGGUCGACAACGUUGAAAAUGAUACAUGCGGUUAAGUAAGGCACUUGGAAUCGUUUCCAGGCAACGGAAGCACUGAAGUUGACAAGCUCUGCGCCAAAUACGCAUACGGAUAUCACAGGUAAAAGUAGUAAGUGUAUGAAAAUUCUACCAAUGGUGAUAAACGAGUCAAAACGUAGAAGGGAUACAAUAAUACGAGAAACUGUGUGUCACACAUGCGAUUGACCCAUUUGGAGUGGGGGGAAGGUGUAGCGUCAUGUCUGCUAGACCACCGGUGAGGAGUGCAACGCUCUGUACAGCUGCAGGGGAUGGUCUUGGAAGGUGCUGACAUGCGACAAGAGGUAGCGGUAAAGUCUACGGCGAUGGUAUCAGCGAUUAUGAGGGGAAGGGGCACUGGCAUUUUCAGCGACAUUCGACCACACCGUUCUAAUCCUGGGUCCGCACCAGAAGUAGCUCCAGUCCGCUUAAAUAUCUCAGUUUCAUGGUGUGUUACAGCCUUUUCUGAUUUUUCUUACUGAAUGAUCUUAGAGGACUUUCAGCAACUUGACAAUUGGUGUCCCCAUUGUGGCCAUCCUCACUGCAAGCUGAACAUGCCUAAUGGUACAACUGCAGCGAAUUUUCUUGUUUAUGUUUAAAAUUUUAUGGCGAAGCUGACCCGUCCGACAGAUUAAAAGGACCCAUAUUGGAAUGGCGGUUUAAAAUAGGCGUGUUGUCUGUUAAUGCCUUGUGAAUAGACUCCAGCAAACCCUUGCUGGACAAACGAGACAGCAGUUAGGUCCUCCCAUAUGGGGAAAAACGGGUCCCCGCAAGGUAAUUAAAGCCAGAUGAUCGGCACCCUAGCAUUAAUGCGUCCAUCAUUUGUUCAUAACCUGUAGUUUGGCUCCUUAGCCGAACCUGGGAGCGCGGAGAUGCGUGAAAGCUCCCGAGGUAGCUUAUCGUAGUGGCACUUGGUGGACCGCCUGGUAGGGAUAUUAUUCUUAUUGCCGGCGAUUGCAACGACCGAACUGUACAUGGGCAUCUCGAGCAGGCAUCCUAUUGGUCGCUGCGACGAAAUUAGCGGAUGACUGCGGUUUACGGCUGCCUCCCUGCAGCUAGGUCUAACUUUCAUCAAAUAAAUUAUGUUAUAAUAAUGUGCUCACCUAUCAGGUUACAGGAAGUGUUAAACUCGUUGCACCCUGGGUUUAAAUCACAAGCUCUCGCAGGCAUUUGCAUAUCGAGUGGUAACAUAUGCUGCUCGUGGAGCUGAAGGCCAGUCUGACAGUUCGGCCGUCGUUGCCGACGAUUGCCGCUGUGUGCUCCAUGCCAAGGCGAGGCAGGCACGGUGACUUGCGCGUGAUCUAGUUUAUAGUGACGGUAGGCUUGCGCAGCAUCUAUUGCACUCUAUCCUCUUCCCCCACCUUGACCCGGUGUCAAGACAUAGUCAAGACGACCGGAGAGGGGCGAGCACGCAGUUGGAUGGCAUGGUUGAGCCCGCAUCUUGACUCUCCACUCCACACCUCCUGGUCCACACACCAAUUGACCAAGUUUUUGUCCAACAACUAAAGGGUUACUGACACAGUUGGGGUCACACCUGGUUCGGAUCCGACGGAGUGGGCGUGCCAUAAAGGCCACAUUGAGUAGGAGCCAUUGCAGCCUGACUCUUAGGCCACCAGCCGGCCACUCCACACAAGCACACAACACUGGGUCGACUGCGAGGUCCAAGUUAUCCCGUCAGUUGACAGCCUUCCAAGCCACGGCUUUUAGUGCACCGUGAUAGCUUCAAGCGCGUCAGAUUGUUUAUAGUGGGGAAGAUGCGCUGAGUCGAAGACCUCACUCUCCCCACUCCCAGGCCCCAGUCACUGUCUGAGCCGGCCAGCUGACAGGUGCGGGGAAUGGGCGCGGAUGCAAUAUUGGACUGAAAUAGCUACCUCCAUGGAACCGGCCACGAACGUUGGUGACACUCAAGAACUCUACUGACUUAUCCGCCAAGUCAGUGGUAAGCCCUCUACAUUGAGGGACUCUGUUCCGAACGUUAGUGGCGGCUUUACUGCUGACAACUCGCCCAAAUUCGAGCGCUGGCGUGUGAACUUCGAGCACCAUCUCAACUUCGAUACCCAACCUACCUUGCCUUUGCUCUCUUCUGCAGGGGAGUUUCUUCCCUCUCCAGCCUAUGUAGUGCCCUGCGACCCCCUUCCGAGGGAGAGGUCGCCAAUGCCAUACGACAGCUACGCAACAACAAGCCACCCGGGAAGGACGUUAUACACGCUGAAAUCUACAAGCCUUGUGUUGACACUCUGGCGCCCUGGCUCCAUGAGGCGAUUGAACAAACGUGGAGAAACGAGGUUGCUCCUGAUGACUGGGGCUUAGGCAUCCUUGUACCUGCCCUCAUGGAGGGAGAUAUGACCAGAAGAAGACAUCUCUCGGGAUUGGUGGCUGUCAACUUGAAGAAGUAGACAGUUUUAAAUACCGCGGGACGAGGCUGCUGCAGAAUGGUCAGAGCAAGGAUGACAUUGUCUCCCGAAUCGAUGCUGCCCGACGGGUCUUCUCGAGCCUUUGGAAAUGCCUGUGUCCGAUACCACCUCUCCAUCGCCACUAAAAUUCGCUUGCACUGUCCAUCUGUCCGGUCAUUCCUUCUCUAUGGUUGUGAAUGCUGGGCUGUGCGCGUGAAAAACGAGCGAAAACUGGAGGUAUUUGACUACCACGGUUUGAUGACCAUCCUUCGAGUGAAGUACACCGACUUCGUCACAACUGAGACAGUCCGCGCCCGCCGCGACAACAUCGCAAGGAUAACCCAGGCCAUCCAAGAAAGACGACUGAUGUGGUUUGGGCGUGUUCUUCGUCGUCCACCUCAGGAGCUCGGUGUUACUGCACUCGGUCCGGCAGCGUUGCCCCAGUGGAAACGUCAAAGAGGGGGCCAUCUCAAAACCUGGUUCGACACAGUCCGUCAAGACACGGAGGUAGUUCUUAGACCUUCGGUAUUCGGUCUCCGUAUUUGGCGAAGAGAAUGGAUUGAACUCUCCAGAUAUUCUGCCGCGGAGAGGUACAGUUAGGGACAUCAUCGAGGCCGGCUAGAUCAGGCAUGAGAGCAGUCGUACCAACUAUAAGUAUGGGCGCGGUGGCUGACAUAUUUAGUGGCCAUGUCUGCGCGCGUCACACGUACGACAUGGCCCCCAAACACGAGCACCAAGGUUUCAUACAAUGGGGUUUGGGCGACGUACAUCUCACAUCCGUGAGAGUGCCGUAGGUCACGUUAAGAAGGAGCACCGAAAUUCCGCUGGCAGCGUGGCAGAUCAGGGAUGGUUAGGCGUUGGCGUUGUUAGGUGGGCUCAGUUGAGAUUUGCAAGCCUCACGUUUGGCUUUGGCUGCGGUGAUGCGGUCGGCUUCGUAGAUCGCUGCGCCUGUUUUCAAUGCCCUCCCCCAGGUCGGUCGGUCUCGGGCGAGGUCUUCCCAUUUGGCCGGGUUGAUCUGCAUGCGUUUCAGGGAAGUUUUCAGGGUAUGCUUGUAGCGCCGGCCUUGACCUCCAUGUCGGCGUGAACCCGUCCCAACAUCGCCAAAGAAGAUUUCUUUGGGUAUCCUCUUGUCGUCCAUCCGCACGACGCGGCCGCUCCAGCGCAGUUGUAGUUUUCUCAGCAUAGCGUGGAUGCUGAGGAUUCCCGCCCGCUCCAGUACGUCUCUGUCUGGGAUCCGGUCCUACCACCUAAGCUUCAGUAUCCGUCGAAGACAACUGAGGUGGAAGUGGUUGAGUCUACGUGCUUGCUUCAUGUACACCAUCCAGGUCUCUGCUCCAUACAGCAGCGUCGGCAGAAUGACUGCCUUACACAUCUUGAAGUUGGUGUUGAGAUGGAGACCGUAACAAUGCCAGAUUGUGUACUGAAGACGGCCGAAGACUUGGCUAGCUUUGGAAAUCCUGCGGGCCACUUCAUCGUCGAUCUUGGUGGUGCAGGAGAGUAUGCUGCCCAGAUGCGUGAAGUUGUCCACCACUUGCAGUGGGGCGACGUAUGCGACGUAAGUAGCGCCGGGUGGCGGUUGGUGCGUGACCACCGUCUUCUCCGUGUUAAUAAUCAGGCCGAUGUUUUCUCAGGCGGUGGAGAGGAGAUCCAUCCUCCUUUGCAUGUCUCCUUCUGAGGUGGCGUUGAUAGCGCAGUCAUCGGCGAAUGGAAGUUCGUGGACGAUGGUUGUGGAUGCACGCGGAUUGGAAGUGCAUCUGCCGCUGAUUGAGGAGGUGGCCGUCCGUCCUGUAGGCGACGCGGAUCCCGCGGCGUUCGUCACCGUAGGCGUCUAACAGCAUGACAGAGAACAUGAGACUGAAGAGGGUAAGCGCGAGUACGCAGCCCUGCUUCACUCCGUUGGUCACUGCGAAUGCCUCUGAGACAGCUCCAUUGCCUGUGCUUCGCGCCAUCGUACCGUUGUGGAGCUGACGCACUAUCUGAGUGAAUCGUUCGGGACAGCCGAAUUUGUGCAUGAUUUUCCAUAGUCCUUCGCUAUUCACCGUGUCGAAGGCUUUCGUCAGACCCACGAAGGUAGAGUAAAGGUGGAUUUUCACCUCUUGACACUUCUCCUGCAGUUGGAGGGCGGCGAAGAUCGUCUGUGGUCCCAAGAUGACGACGGAAGCCGCUCUGACUUUCCGGCAGUGGACCUUGUUCCAGAUUGUUGUUCAGGCGGUUGAGAAGGAUUCGAGCAAAGAUCCUUCCAGUGAUGCUCAGCAAGGAGAUGCCUCGAUGGUUAUCGCAGAGCUGGCGGUUGCCUUUCAGCUUAUAAAGAUGGACGAUUGUGGCGUCCUUGAGAUCCCGCGGUACUUCUCCUCGACUCCAGAUCUCCUGGAAGAGCGCCGUCAGGUGGUCCAUGAUUUGGGGGCCACCGUGCUUGUAGAUUUCAGCAGGGAUCACGUUCGAUUUGGGCACUUUUCCGCUGGAGAGCCGCUGCACGGCCCUGAUGGUUUCGUGGAGAGGGGCGCGAGGUCGAGGUCGGCGUUGGUCUCCACUUGAGGCAGACGGGCGCCAGCGGCGUCGGAGAUGGUGAAGGGACGGUUGAGGACGUCUCUGAAGUGCUCGGCCCAUCUCUGUAGAAUUAGUGUCUUCUCAGUGAAUAGGGUACUUCCGUCGGCGCUGAGAAGAAGAGCGGUUCCUUUGGCUGUGGGACGGUAGACAGUUUCAAUGUCGGUGAAGACGUUCCCCCAUUCAUUGCGGUCCGCGUAUCCUUGGAUCCCCUCGACCUUGCGAGCAGCCCAGGCGUCCGGCAUCCCGCGCAGCCGCUGUUGCACAAGGCGGCGACUACGGUGGAAGGCUGCUUAGUUGUCGUUGAUGGGGCGGUUGACGUAGGCUUUGUGCAGGCGGUUGUUUUCGCCAAUCAGUUUGCUGAUGGCGGCCUCGUUGUUAUCGAAUCAGCCCCGAUGUUGGCGGCGUGCCCGAACGAGGACGGCCAGCGCCGUCGACUGGACUGUGUCACGCAGUUUACACCAUCGGUUCUCCCCGGAGGCGUUCUCGUCAGCGGUGGCGGCGGCGACGGCGGCAGCAGCAGCAACUGGGAGGUUGGAGUGGACGGUGGGGAGGGGGAAGAAAUAGUGUUUUUUCUGAUUUAGUUGUUUCGACCGUUUGUUUUGCGUUUGCGGCCACGGUCAGCCUGCAGACGGCAUGGAUCCUGCAUUUGUUUAGGGCACAUUUUCUAACCCCUUCCCCCUCGCGGGAGUGAGGAGUGCUCCCUAAAUAGACCUGUUGAGUUUUUCAUAGACGGCUGCCGAGCUCCACUAUGAGCCAAGAAUUUUGUUUAGUGGGAGAACGGCCCGAGUUAGCCUGGGCCUGCCUACGACAUCGCUGUAAGGCUUGGAAGGGGGGGAGGGGGGAUAGGGAAAGGUUAGAGCGAUGGGAAGCAGAUCUUUCCCGUCCCCUCUAAGCUAAUUGGUUGCUGAAAUAUAAGUGGUGAAUAGGCAAAUUCAACAGAACGGCAUUUAGCUUACAAUAAGGACGGACACGAACAAACAGACAAAAUGCAGGCAGGCAAGAACAGCAAAAAGCAAAGGCAACAGAGGAAGUUCAACGGACGGCAUUAAGUUUUUAACAAUGACAAACACAAACAAGCAGGCAAAUAGCAAUCCAACAGAGCAAUGUUCGCUUACCUGGGGGCUCACUUACACUGUGGCCUUCUGCGGUGUUACAGACGGCGCCUCAUCCCGGAGAUGCUGAGGCAGUGAUCCGUCCGGCCACCGGAGCCGAGUUACCUUGUGCGCAGAUCCACACAGAUACCCUCACCUGGUUUAGCCCGCCGGUUGAGGCGAUUACGGGGGUGUGGCCGCUUGGCAGGGCCUACCUUUGGGGAGCCACAUGUGAGAGUUAGGUGCUAGUAAAUUGACGCAAGGCGUAGUCAACACCUACGAGCAAGUGAGCGACCUACUACGGCCGUCACGUGAACCCACAACUGGACACCUCUGCACCCCGAUGACGGCUAAUUAACUGAGAUGACCAUCAUGGCCUCUCUUAUUAUUGUCGAUAAUCCGUUAUCUGAAUUAUCUCCUUGUUAAGUUGGGUUUGCCCAACCGGGGUGACGAUAAUUUCCCAAUGCGAGACGCUAGAAUAAGAAACGUGAACGGGUCUAAUCAUAUGUCAUUGUGGACGAGCCUCGACGUCCACUCUUGCUGCUCCAAAAGGCUUGCCUGCUGCAGGUUGUAGAAGAGCUGUAAGCCGAUUUUGGGACAUUAUUAUCAAAACUUGUGCGUUGUUUUUAAUUAGCAAUAUUUGACUUCCCUGGGGGGUACCGCAAUGAUUACGUUAACAUUCAAACAAUGCGUCUAUCGAAAUUUAGGGUGAUUUCAAGCUAAAUUUGUUCCUCCCUGCACCUUAGACGAGUUUCUUACAGAUCAACCAGCAACGACACAAGUUAUUUCAUCCAAGUUAGUCGUCGUAGUUUGACACUCUGACCGCAAGCUAGAUUGGAAGUUUUUCAUUUUUUUCUCAGUGAUGGUGCCAAAAUCACUAAUGACCGGUCUGGUUCUAAACCUGACCUCCGAUAACUUGAAUUUUUGGGGUCUGUCGUACUUGUACUUGUAUCUUUUAACACCAGGACUGGUUUAGCUUGCUAUGGCGUCCACAGGUGUAGUACGACAUCCUGCGAUCACUAGCUAGAAUCGGCGACUGGUGUCCGGUUGAGAUACAGUUGUCGAAAACCUGAGACCAUUGUGCCUAGUAUCUUCCAUCCCCGCCUUAACUACGUUUGUCCACUUUAGUUUGCUAUCACGGCGGCCGCGGCAUUUGGGAUGGGGAAUCGGAAGGGUGGCCGCGCGUGAGCUUUCUCUUAGGUCGACGGAAUGCAUUAGAAAAGCAUAUGUGACUAUUGUCUCACAUCUCAUCAACAGGUGUCCCUGUCGGUGGUGGGUUUCCACGUUGGAGACGUUUAUGAGCCGAAUUCCUUAGUCCCUCAACUGUUCCCCACUUCGAAGUUGGAGAUUUUGGUCGGUGGCACGUAAUAUCGAAAACACAUUAUUCCGUUUGCGAAUAAAAACGGUCUCGAAUUAUUCGAAGCAAAUGUUCGGAUGCCUUGUAGUUCUAAGUACUCGCUUUGCGUUUUAUUCAUUUCCUGCAGAAUGAAUUAGCAGAUUCCAAUUUCUCAUCCAGAAAGAUGUUUCUGUUGUAUUUGUGUAAGUCGUACAUUGCCACCACUUUAAUAAGUGCUUAACACAACUAUCACUUCGAAAUGAGAGGACCUUCAGCUAGUAUUUUGCCCCAUAGACCAUCUAGCGUGCACACAGAGACCUGAAUCCAGGAGGCCUAUUACUCUCAGCACUGUGUCUAUUUUUCGGAUUCCCCUACAGUUCAUCUCCCGAUCUUAGUGACAUCUGUUAUGUUGCAACCUCGAAAGUAUCAGCGUUUUGCAAGGAUGCCUAUGCAACCAUUAAAUCUAUAUAUUCCUGUUGAUAAACACAAGGAUGCCCUAAUGUCUGUUGUUUCACUUACGCAUCUGCCAUCCCCUUUGGUGUAAACAUUGGCACACGCGUAUUAGCGUCUGACAUGUAUGCCUAUCUGCUGCAGUCAAAUUGCAUUUCUGUCGUUAUUCCAUACGUCGCACAUAUUUUAAUGUAGGUCAGUCUUAAUGUUGAUGGUCCACCACCGCCGGAGGACACUGCGCGCGUACCGUUGCCGGGCGCAGGCAUGGGGAUGAUGAUGCCGACGCCAGGCGUUGGACGUGCCGUCGGUCGUGGUAUGCCGCUUGCCACUCCAGCCGCCUCAGUGCCGCCACCAGCCGCUGCACCGGUAGGGCUCGGUGGCCCUGUUUGGGGCGUCGGCGUGCCAGCUCCGACACUCAUGCAGCCGCGUGGUGCUGUGUUACCUCCGGGCAUGCCCCCGGGCUAUGGCCGUGGUGCUGGUGGUGUACUCCCGCCGCCACCAGUCGGAGCCCCACCACCACCGGGAGGAGCCCUUCGGGCGGCCCCCCCGCCCCCACCACCACCACCACCGAUGUCCGGCUACAACUGA